AUGAAGCCUACCGUGCCUGUUCUGCUGUGCCUAGGGAGCCUCCCCAAACCCACUCUGUGGGCCCAGCCAGCAUCUGUGAGGCCCAGGGGGAGUUCCGUGAGCAUCUGGUGUCAGGGCAUGCUGGGGGACCACAAGUACGGUCUGUACAGGGAAGGAAGUUCGAAGAUCUUGGAACUAUCAACCUCACUCCACGUAAAGGUCAAUUUCUCCAUCCCAUCCAUGAGAGAAGAUGAUGCAGGGCGCUAUCGCUGUUACUAUCGCAGCUCUGCCGGCUGGUCAGGGCACAGUGAGCCCCUGGAGCUGGUGGUGACAGGAGUCUACAGCAAACCCAGCCUCUCAGCUCUGCCCGGCCCUGAGGUGACCUCAGGAGGGAGCGUCACCCUCCAGUGUGGCUCAAGGCUGCCAUUUGACAGGUUCGUUCUGACUAAGGAAGGAGGAGACAAGCUCUCCCAGACACUGGACUCACAGCGAGGCCCCAGUGGGCAGGCCCAGGCCCUGUUCCCUGUGGGUCCCAUGACCCCCAGGCAGAGGUGGACGUUCAGAUGCUACGGCUGUUACCGGAGCCAAGCCCUGGUGUGGUCGGAGCCCAGUGACCCCCUGGAGCUCCCAUUCUCAGGACUCACUGUGCACAGUCAGAACACACCACCCCUUUUCACCUGCCUCCUUGCAGGGAUCCAACCAAAACCCCAGCUGCGGGCUCAGCCAGGCUCUGUGGUACCACGGAGGAGUCCUGUGACCCUGUGGUGUGAGGGGACCCUGGAGGCCCAGCGAUACCAUCUGUACAGAGAGGGCAGCCCGGCAUUCUCAGUCACACAGACCUCACCCGAGCCCCGGAACAAGGCCAGGUUCUCCAUCCCGUCCAUGACAGAAGACGAUGCAGGAAGAUAUCGCUGUUACUAUCGCAGCUCUGCUGGCUGGUCACAGCACAGUGAGCCCCUGGAGCUGGUGGUGACAGGAGUCUCCAGCAAACCCAGCCUCACAGCCCUGCCCAGCCCUGAGGUGACCUCAGGAGGGAACGUCACCCUCCAGUGUGGCUCAAGGCUGGGAUAUGACAGGUUCGUUCUGACUAAGGAAGGAGGAGACAAGCUCUCCUGGACCCUGGACUCACAGCGAGGCCCCAGUGGGCAGGUCCAGGCCCUGUUCCGUGUGGGCCCUGUGACGCCCAGGCAGAGGUGGACAUUCAAAUGCUAUGGCUGUUACACUAACAAACCCCAGUUGUGGUCAAAUUCCAGUGACACCGUGGAGCUCCUGGUCUCAGGGCGGUCCAGGAAGCCCUCCCUCCUGACCCAGCAGGGCCCUGUCCUGGCCCCUGGACACAACCUGACCCACCACUGUCGCUCUGACCUCAACUAUGACAGAUUUGCUCAGUCCAUGGAGGGGGCACGUGACCUCCUCCAGCGCUCUGACCAGAAGCCCCAGGCUGGGCUCUCUCUGGCCUCCUUCCCCCGAAGAUGCUACAGUGGACACCGGCUGUCCUCUGAGUGGUCGGCCCCCAGUGACCCCGUGGACAUUCUGAUUACAGCAGAGGAGCCCAGGGUCAGUCGGGGAGCACACUGUACACAGGCCCUGCUGGGGAGCCAGGAGGUGACGGCCAGGGUGAAGGUGGGGUGCAGCUCUCCAGGCCCAGAACCGCCAGGGAACUAUAAGGCUGUGAUCUGGGUCUCCAUGUCCUCCUUCCUGCUGCUGCUCCUCCUCCUCUUCUUUCUCUACUGGCGCCAGGGAAGAAGCAGGAAGGCAGGCCGCAUCGGCUCCCUGGUCCCUGUGGUCCGAGGCUUCCUCCUGCCCUGCAAGGCCUGCGCAUCGGAUGCCACAGUGAAGAACACAGAGCCUGAGGAUGGGGUGGAGCUGGACGCUCAGGUCUCGGAGAUCUCACAGCUGCGCCUCCCUUCUGGAAGCCCCGGCCUCUGCCUGCUGUGA